AUGCAAACAAUUGAAGGUGUGGAUUGGAACCGCCUUCUCAAGGUGAUGGUGGUGAAACAAAUGGUAGUUGAUGCAUAUGCAUUAAUAGGGGAUACUGCUGGUCUUGCUGAGAAGAUACAGAGUUUCUUCAUGCAAGAAGUUAUAUCAGAAACACACUCUGUAUUAAAGGCCAUUGUGCAUGAGGAUGAGGAGGGACUUUUGCAAAAUAGUAGGUUCACUUACAGCGAUUUAUGCCUUAGAAUACCUGAUUCAAAGUUCAGGCAAUGCUUAUUACGAACCCUUGCUGUUCUAUUUGACCUUAUGUGUUCAUACCAUGAAAUUAUGGAUUUCCAGCUAGAAAGAAAGGACACAGUACAAAAUUCAAAUAAGUGCAAUGAAGAGAUUUCCUGUAGUCCAGGUGAGGCUCAGGAAGUUGAUUCAGAUGUAAGAGCCUGCAACAAUUCUUUGUCCAGUUCUGGAGAUAUAUUACAUGUCUCAUCUUCUAGGGAGGAAUCUGCAUCAAUGAGCUCACUCACUGAAACUAGUGGUUCACCAUUCGGUGAUUCUCAUGAUCAAAUUAAGGAGGCUGGAAAGGAGGACAGUGCAACAUCAAGCUUCGAAUCCCCUUGGUACCAUCUUCGCAAAGAAGCUAUAACAUUUGUGUCGCAGAUCCUUCAAAGAGGACGAAGGAAUUUGUGGCAUCUCACUGCAAGUCGUGUAUCGGUUUUGCUUUCUUCUGCUGCAGUCUUUACCGCUAGCAUUCAUCAAUUCUUGAAAAAUUAUGAAGAACUAAGUGUCUUUAUUUUGACUGGGGAAGCCUUUUGUGGAAUUGAAGCAGUUGAAUUUAGGCAGAAGUUAAAGGCACUAAAAAUGGUUUUGGAGAAGGAGACUUGGCAAAGAUUACCUCUAGAUACAGUACAAAUGAUCAGUUUUGCAGGACUUAUUGGUGAUGGAGCACCCUUGAUUUCUUUAUCCACUGGUAAAUCAAUUAACAUCAGUGCAAUCCAUUCCCAUAAAUCAGUGAAUAUGGUUCAUACUGGUGCGAGGAAAAAUGGGUUCUCUCACUGGAUCAAAAGCGGAAACCCUUUCAUGCAAAAAUUACCAACCUGUAAUGAAGGUCAUGGUUACUCCCAACCAAAUGGAUCUGCUCGUGGUGAAUCUGAUGGAAGUUGGGCCAAAUACUUUCAUGAUGAUAGAACACCUAGAAAGAAUGAUUCCAAUCAAAUGAAUGGUGCCAAUUCUGUUUCAGAAGAUGAAGAUGAGGAUCUUCUUGCUGACUUUAUUGAUGAAGACAGUCAAUUACCAAGUCGAAGUUCUAAACAUCAUUCAAGAAAUCUUUCUUCUCAUGGUAAUGAUGAAGAGAAUACAACACAAACUGGAUCUUCUCUCUGUCUUUUAAAGGAAUAUGCCAAUUAUCGCUUGAGAACAGCUUUAUCCAGAGUUAACCAAGAUUGUGAAGAGUGGAUUAAGUCUCAAUCGUCUUCACCAACAUCUUUGACCUCAUCAUUUGUACAUACUGAGUUGACACCUAUAAACCCUCCCAAUACGAAUUUUGGCUCAGGGACUUCUUUGGGUCUCAAGUACAACCCCUCACUUAAGGAGGACUGGAACCCUGACUCAGGGAUGGGUGAAGUGGUCUGGAUCAUCGCCCCAACAGACUGUUUAGAUGAGGGUGGUGUACAAGAAAUACACCACUGGGCUUGGGUUCUUCUUUUCCUUUGUGCCCAAACCUUUCCUGACCCUGAAUUUCCUAACUCGCAGAACACUCUUCCCUCCCUAUUCACUUUUGCUACUUCACUCCCUUCCCUUUUGCUUAUCUGUUGCUGUGUGGUUGCAUCUAUUGUUUCUUCUCUGGUUGUGCUGUGUGGUUGUUGGAUUGUUAAAUUUUACAAGAUCCAUCUUGGGAUCCAAUUGAAAGGUACGGGACUUGUGCCCCACAUGGAAGGAUGGGAUUCUAGUGUGGGUUUAUUAGGGUUUAGUUUAGCUCUCCAACUUGUGGUGUGGUUCUAA